AAGGAGUAGUUGGUGCUGUGGACGUAGGCAUUUUCCGAUCGUCGAAUUAUAGUCCCGCAAUCUAGGACUUCACCUGCUUUAGCGUACGGCUGUCACUAUGAAGGACGGUUAACCCCUAACCAGGGCGGGAAUGGCUGUUGGUGUGAGUGUUUUUCUACUCAUACUCGGGUUUCCCUCUUUUCUUUCUUUCUUCUUCCCUCUCUCAUCACCUGUUGAGUCGACAAUAAUCGGCGUACUAGCCAGCCGUUGCAGACAUCUUGUUUGCGUCCUUUCGUUGAGUAUCUUGACGAUCACGUUCAUUACGGCCUAGGCCACUUUACGAUCUUUACGUAUCACAUAAUCCCCUAAUAGGCUAGCAAAGAUGCAGCUGAAGCACUCAGUUUUGGUGGCUGCUGCCGUCUCGGCGUCUACCGUUGCUGCUACAACUUACACAAAAGACUACAAGCUUAACGCUUACUGGGGACAAUCAGGCCCUGACACUGACUUCCUCGGUGACCACUGUGAAAAUGAUAACAUUGACUAUGUUACUGUUGGCUUCGUGAACAAUUCCCCUGAGAAUGGAAACGGCACAGGUUAUCCGGGUACAAACUUCGCUGCCCAUUGCGCAGCAGAGGUCUACUCAAACAACAACCGUAAAUCUAAGCUCCUCAGCUCGUGCUCUUACAUCAAGGACGACAUCCAAAAGUGCCAGAGGCUGGGUAAGAAGGUGUUGUUGUCCGUCGGAGGAGAAUUCUCGGCCACUAGCAACUACACACUUUCCACUGUCCAGGCUGGUAUCGAUUUCGCCGAAUUCCUCUACCAGGCCUUUGGUCCCUACAAGAGCAGCUACCACGGUCCCCGACCUUUCGACCCUAGUUCCACGAGCCACACAACCAUCGAUGGUUUCGACUUUGAUAUCGAAACGAAGUUUGCUAACCAACAGCCAUACGUCAACAUGGUCAACCAUCUUCGCACACUCAUCCAGAAUGACCGCAAGAGCAUCAUUCUUACCGCCGCUCCCCAAUGCCCGCAGUCUGACCAGUACUUCCAAAUGAAGACUAUCCUCCAACAGGCUAAGUUCGAUAAGAUCUGGGUUCAAUUCUACAACAACCCAUCUUGCGAAGCUGCCGGUACCGGAUUCAACUACAACGAUUGGUCGGACUUUAUCGAUGGUGGCGUCAACAGCGCUGCCGAGUUGUACAUCGGACUUCCCGGCAGCCUCGAGGCCGUCGGUCUGCUCGGAAGCGGUUACAUUUCUCCCAGUGCAGCCAAGUCUCUCAUCUGCUCGUACAAGAACAAGAAGCAUUUCGGUGGUGCUAUGCUGUGGGACGCUUACUAUGCUUCCGAGAACCAGAACCUGGCAGGAAAGAAGUACUCCGACUCAAUUGCCGAGGCCCUGAAAUGUGGUGGCUGCUCUGGCGAUGUCUGCGCUCCUCCUACCUCGACCAGCUCGGUUGUGACCUCGACAAGCACGACCUCGUCUUCCACCAGCAGCACUAUUAGCACCACAUCCACCAGCUCCUCCACUUCUUCAACUGUCAGCACCACGUCAACUUCAAGCUCUGCCUCAAGCACUGUCACGAGCACUAGCAGCAGCGCUUCGACUUCCAGCUACGUUGCUACUACUUCAAGCAGCACCUCUAGCUCCAGCUCCAGCUCUGCUGCCACCUCAAGCAGCGCCUCGACUUCAAGCUCCGCUGACCCUUCGAACAGCAGCAACACUGUGACUUCAGCUUCGUCUUCUUACAUUGCUACCUCCUCCAGCAGCUCUUUCGACCCCAACGAGACCUGCACUGACAGCACCACGAGCUCUGUUGCUACUUCGACCUCCAGCGCUUCUGCGACCACCACGCAAUCUUCUUCCAGCUCGGUGUCCACCAGCAGCAGCACUAUCUCGUCUCUCACCACCACCAGCUCUUCUUACAGCGCCUCGACCACUGCCUCAAGCACCUCUUCGGAAGAGGACGACUGCCCUCCCGAUGAGACCUCCAGCUCAUCCACCCAGUCGGCUACCCUAAGCGUCUCUGCCACGACCACUGCGUCGCAGAGCAACUACCCGACCAUCACUGGCACCAGCAGCAGCUACCCCACCGCCAGUGUUUCAUCAAGCAGUUCUUCCGCCAGCGUCACUUCGCUAUCGUACCCCGUCAACAACUCUUCUACGACGUCGUACACGACCAGCACCGUGUACACCACAAGCGUAUACACCGUAACAUCCUGCGCCGCCAGCGUAACCGACUGCCCGGCCCGCGGCUCCGUGGUCACCAAGACCAUCGCUCUGUACACCACCGUGUGCCCCGUCACCGCGACGCAAACCGGUGUCCAGACCCAGGCUUACCAGACCCAGUCUCCUAAGCCAACUGGUGGUGCUGGUGUAACCACUACCAGCACUGUGUACAGCACUCGCGUCAGCACAAUCACCAAGUGCCCAGCCAGCGUAACCAACUGCCCCGUCGGUUCCGUAACCAGCGAGACCGUGCCCGUUACCACCGUCGUCAUCACCCACCCCGCAGUCUUCGAGAGCAACACAUACCCCGCUGCUUCGCCAGUCCCAACCACCGCCACUUACCCGGCCGGCAGCAACGAGAACGGUUCUUCGCCGUCGAAGCCUGUCCAAAUCGUCGCUGUAUCCAGCUACCCCGUUGCUGGCGCCAGCAGCGCGUACAUCGCGACUACGCUCACAACCGCUGCCAUUUACCCCACAGGUGGCUACAGCAGCGGUGGUAACACCAACAGCACCGUGCCUACAUACAGUGCCGGCACCGGCUACCCGGUCGCGCCCACCACCACAUUGCCUGGCUACAGCGCCGUCGCUUGCAACGGAAACGACUGCACUGCCGCGUACCCCACGGCGUCCAUCGUUACCGCUGGAUCCGCUAAGACCGCUUCCCUCAGCCUUGGUCUCUUGGCUGUUGUUGCUUUCCUUUUGUAG